AAAUCAGCUAUCAUGUUCACCAAUAUCCGUCGAUUGCACAUCAACAAUGUCAACACCUUUCGAAGCUCUCCCCUGGCUGAGAUCUCGGGCUCCUUGGGUGACCUGGGAACUCUCCUCCCACUGAUGAUAGCUCUCGCAGUUAACAACUCCAUUUCCCUAUCCACAACUCUCGUAUUUUCCGGGCUGUGGAACAUACUCACGGGAGUAGCCUUUGGGAUUCCUCUCCCUGUCCAGCCUAUGAAGGCAAUCGCAGCAGUAGCAAUAGCAAGAAAGUUCACUAUUGAAGAAACAGUCUCUGCAGGCUUCACCACCGCAGGCAUUGUUUUCAUCUUCAGCAUCACGGGUCUCCUCCGUUGGUUCACGCACGUGAUUCCCACUCCAGUUGUAAAAGGGAUACAAGUCGGAGCUGGACUCUCUCUGGUCAUCUCUGCAGGAACUUCCCUGUUGCAGCCACUGGGAUGGAUAACGCCAAAUGCAGGCGACAAUCUCAUAUGGGCCAUCUUCGCAUUCCUCGCCCUUCUGGCAACACAAAAACUCCCUAAAGUCCCUUAUGCACUCCUCAUAUUCGUUCUGGGCCUCGUUAUUUCAGCUAUACUCGCAGGGUCGCGGAACGCUCCUUCAUUUGCCGUAUGGCAUCCACGCACCUUCAUCCCCUCCUGGGUAGACUUCCGGACCGGUGCUUUGGACGCAGGACUGGGUCAGAUUCCUUUGACAACACUCAACUCCAUCAUAGCAGUCUCCUAUCUGGCCGCCGAUCUGCUUCCACACCUUCCCACUCCAGGUGUCACACAGAUAGGUAUCAGUGUUGCGCUUAUGAACUUAAUUGGAGGUUGGUUUGGCGCCAUGCCCGUAUGUCACGGCUCUGGGGGACUUGCUGCACAAUACCGCUUCGGCGCUCGCAGCGGAGCCAGCAUCAUUCUCCUUGGCCUAUGCAAGAUUAUUCUGGGUCUUGUCUUUGGUGAAACGCUUGUGGGACUUCUCAAAGAGUAUCCCAAGUCCCUUCUCGGCAUCAUGGUCCUUGCGGCAGGCUUGGAACUCGCGAAAGUAGGUGAGAGCUUGAAUUACGGCGCAAGGGAUUUGUGGGAGGCUUCUGAAUCCACCGAGGCUUCACCUGCUGGAGAGACGCCAAAGCGACAACGGCAACUCUCAGAUGAUGAGAGAAGGGAGAGGUGGACUGUGAUGUUCAUGACUAUUGGCGGUUUGCUCGCGUUCAAGAACGAUGGCGUAGGGUUCCUGGCUGGCAUGUUAUGUCAUUUGGCGUAUCGAUCUCCCGAUCUAUGGGAGGCUAGGAGUGGGUUACCAUUUAUGAAGAAGAGCAAUAGCAGAAGGCGACGAGCCACCACAGUGGAGGAGGAAGAGGAGCAGUUACUUUUGGACACAGAGCAUCGAACGUAG